AUGUUUACCAAUGUGAUACGAACCUCCCAGCUUGCACAAGCCUCUUCCAUUUCUCCUGGAAAUCAUCAUCUUGGAGGCAGUGGGGAUUCCCAUGAACUAAAUAUACUUCGACAGCAGUUCGAAAAGUUAAGUGUGGAGGCGGAGCAGAACAAAGUCACUAUCGAGGGUCUACUCAAGGAACGCAAUUUUUAUUUCAACAAAUUACGGUCUAUUGAACUUUUAUGUCAAGAAAACCCUGACGUGGAACUAACGAAACGGUUAUUCGAUAUCCUCUACGCAACUGAGGAUGGCUUCGCUGCACCCGACGGUGAUGAACCUGAGGAAUUCUAA